UGUACGUCAAUCACAAUACAACCCUGUCCUUUCUCCUGCGAAAAUUGCACAUGGCUUGAAGUCCACACAAGUGCACGACUCCAUUUCAUGACAAUUUCUUGCAUUUCAAGUGUUUAUUUUUAAUAGAUUUUUGUGUGGAAACGUACGUUAAACGGUUACGAACGCAUAGCAUACACUUCGAGGAAGGUGCAACGUUGAAGUUGAAAUAAAGGCCACUUACGAACUAAUAGGGAAUAUAUACAUACAUAUAUAUAACCAGCUAUUUCCCCCCCAAGAUUUUGUUACAUAGCGGAAAGUGUUCGAAAUCGCACGCAUAACCCCAAGAAAAGCAUAACCCACAAAAACUUUCGUUUGAUAACACGAAAAUUUCUAUUGAAAAUCCGUAGUCAAAAAUUAACACUUGAAAUCUAGUGGUGCAGCAAGCGCAAUUAGGAAAUUGAAGUAUCAAAGUAAAGUCAACGAAAAGUCAGUGUAAAUAAAUCACACAACAAAAAUGUCUGGUGAGGAAACGUCCGCUGAUCGCAAUGUCGAAAUUUGGAAAAUCAAGAAACUCAUUAAGAGUUUGGAGAUGGCACGCGGUAAUGGUACAAGCAUGAUUUCAUUAAUCAUACCGCCAAAGGAUCAAAUCUCACGUGUCAGCAAAAUGUUGGCCGAUGAAUUCGGCACAGCGUCGAACAUUAAGUCACGUGUCAAUCGUUUGUCCGUCUUGGGCGCCAUUACAUCGGUACAACAUAGGCUUAAAUUAUACACCAAAGUGCCUCCAAAUGGUCUGGUCAUCUACUGCGGCACCAUUGUCACAGAAGAGGGCAAAGAGAAGAAGGUGAAUAUUGAUUUUGAACCCUUCAAGCCGAUCAAUACGUCGCUAUAUUUAUGCGAUAAUAAGUUCCACACUGAAGCGUUGACCGCUUUACUGGCCGAUGAUAAUAAAUUCGGUUUCAUCGUGAUGGACGGUAAUGGCGCACUCUUUGGUACACUUCAGGGUAAUACACGUGAAGUACUGCACAAAUUCACUGUCGAUCUGCCGAAGAAGCACGGGCGUGGUGGUCAGUCAGCGUUGCGUUUCGCACGUCUGCGCAUGGAGAAACGUCACAAUUAUGUGCGUAAAGUGGCCGAAGUGGCAACGCAAUUGUUCAUAACAAAUGAUAAACCGAAUAUUGCGGGCCUAAUUUUGGCCGGUAGUGCGGACUUUAAGACCGAGUUGAGUCAAUCUGAUAUGUUCGAUCCUAGACUGCAAUCCAAGGUCAUCAAGCUGGUGGAUGUCUCAUAUGGCGGUGAGAAUGGUUUUAAUCAAGCGAUAGAACUGGCGGCCGAGUCAUUGCAGAAUGUCAAAUUUAUACAGGAGAAGAAACUCAUUGGUCGUUACUUUGAUGAAAUCUCUCAGGACACUGGCAAAUAUUGUUUUGGUGUUGAGGAUACCUUGCGCGCCUUGGAAUUGGGUUCCGUUGAGACUUUAAUCUGUUGGGAGAACUUAGAUAUACAACGUUAUGUGUUGAAGAAUCAUGCGAACUCGACGUCGAACACAGUAUUGCAUUUGACGCCCGAACAAGAGAAGGACAAGUCACAUUUCACCGAUAAGGAAAGCGGCGUCGAAAUGGAAUUAAUCGAGUCUCAACCGCUGCUCGAAUGGUUGGCGAACAACUACAAAAUGUUCGGUGCUACACUUGAGAUUAUUACGGACAAAUCUCAAGAGGGCAGUCAGUUUGUGCGCGGUUUCGGUGGCAUUGGUGGGAUUUUACGCUAUAAGGUCGACUUUCAAUCACUGCAGGCUGACGAACCAUUGGAGGAUGUUGAUCUUGAUGACUAUUAAGCGAAACAGAACAAAAAAAAAAAGAAACACCUCCAUUUCAUCUCAAACUAUCUCUCACGUUGCUACAAUUUAUAUAUAACUUAUUCAUAUAUAAAUUCUUUUGCAACAACACACACGGCAACAACAGCAAAGCAAAAAUUUAAAAAGUAUAUUACCGUAGUGAUCAUAUGUAGAGCAGGUUUUUUUGUGACUUUUUCGCAUAAACUAAUUUUUAAUACACUGUAAGAAAUCAAAUGCUAACCCGAAAUCAGCAGUUAAGUUAGUAUUUCAGUUUUAAAAUAUAAUACAUAUAAAAUGCGACUGCAACAAUUGCAAAAUUUUUUUCUCAUAUAUUCUAUAAAUUUUCGAAAUUUCUUUGUUUUUUAAAUGUAGAAACGCAAUAACAAAUUCGAUUCACUUAAAUUCACUUUUUACAAUUGGCGCGCAAAAUCGAAAAAAUAAACAAAAAAAAAAAGUAAAAUCAGAAAAUAGUCAACGACCUCGUAAAUUAUUUUGUGUCGCGUUAAAAAUGCCGCCUAGCAGUUGAUUUAAUGAAACAAACAAUAAUACUAAUUAUAUUUAUAUGAUAAAAUACUAAAAAAAAAAAACAAAACAAAACAGAAAAUAGUUAAUGAGAGCCAUACGUUCAAAUUCAAUUUAAAUAUAAAUCAAUAACAUUUAAUAAUAAUAAAUAAUAAUAAAAGCAAAAACUGUGCGUAAAAACGUAAUUUAUAAAUACAUACAAAACACCUAUAUUACCUACCAACGUAAAUAAUACAAAAAAAAACACAUGCAUAAAAAAUAAAUAAAUAAUUAAAAGAAAAAACCAUACGUACACACAUAUACAGUAUAUAUACAUAAAUAUAUAUAUUUCAACAAGCAUAAAUAAAAAACAAGAUGAAUGAAUUAAAAAA